AUGAACUUUCAUGAACCUCAUUCAAUGUCAACGGUUGUAUCGAAUGAAUCUCUUCAAGCGAAGCAACAGAAUAAAUAUACUUUGACUCCUGCCAAAGCCUAUAAGAAUGCUGUCAAAAUACGCAUUACUGAUUCUGUUUUCUUAAGUCUUCCUCAAGAAUAUGAUAAUAAAGCCCAUAAAUUAGCAUUACAAUCUUAUGAUCGAAUCUCACAUACUUUGUUUGUUUUCUCUCACAAUACUCCUCUCGAUGAUCGAGCUCAUUCAUGUCUGUCGAAAGAAAACAGUGAACCCUUAAUGACAUAA